AUGGCCUUCCCCAUGAGAUCCAAAAACCCCGCCACUACUAAGUCUUUAAACAGUAAACCAAGUAUCACCGGGUUCAAGAUGUUUAAACUCAAUAUUUUAACUAGAAAGGAUCGCGCGGAGGAGGAUUAUGAUCCUGAGGACUCGUCGUCGUCGUCGUCGCCACCGGUGCUUCCAUAUUCACAAACUUAUAACGAUAUCAACUCGGAUUCUAAUACUGGAUAUGUAUCGAUAUGGAACGACUCCCCCGUCGUCAAACCCCUCAAGAACCAACUCGUACCGAGGGAAGCACGCGUAACGGAUACGAGAAUACCAAAUCUUAAAGUCUUAGCCCAACCUCCAAGAUCUUCGAUGAGGGACUCGACGGCGUCUAGUACUAAAUCGACAUAUGAGGGACAAGAAGAACAAGAAAAGGAGGAUAUAAUCAUCGAAGAGAAACCCAUACAGAACGAAGUAUCAAUCACGAGAACAAUGGAAAUCGGUCAUAGGAGGUUAUUGGAAGAGAUGGCGAAUUACUGUUCGAGAGAACUAAGCGAUAGGAAGGAGUGGGGGUAUUGGUUCGAAGCUUAUACAAAAGGUCAUUACAACAUGUCGCAUCCCCCUCAGACACCACCACGAAAGGUUUCGUUAUCUUGGAUUCCCACGCCGUUCCCAGCAGAUGAGCCUGAGAGAUUAAGGUCAUUAAAUCGCUACGACCUUUCUCGGGCUAGCCAUAUCGAGGCUGACCUACGAACGGUCCUUAGAGCCGCAACUACAGCGCUUAAGGCGGAAUAUGCAUCUAUCAGCUUUGUCGAUUAUGAAUCGGAGACCUUUAUAUUAAAUCAUCCCAUUAGAAUAGGAAUGGAGUCUAAAACAAAGAGGGCGUGGUCUUUGGGAGCCCAUGUUAUGUUAGGAAACGAUACUAUGGUCAUUCUCGAUACUGAGAAGGAUUGGAGAUUCAAAGGAAACCCAACUCUCCAUAGCGGCGAUGAUAGAAUUAAUUUCUAUGCGGGAAGUCCAUUAAUCUCAGCUGAUGGAUACAACAUCGGAGUCCUUGCGAUUUCUGGAAGACAGCCCCGUUCGAUAUUCGGAAAGAACGACCUUCGUAGUCUUAACAAUUUUGCACAUGUUGUAUCAACCCACUUGGAAAGACUACUCCCAGAAAGCCGACGAACAGUAUCCCUAGUAGAACGCCAGACCUCCAAUGUCGACACCGAAAAUAGAGACAGCACUGCCAGUGCUCCAGCCAAAAUGGAGGGCCGAACCCAAAUUGAGCGGAGAGUAAAAAGCGCGGAGCUAAAUCAGAAAUAUAGCGGAAUGACACGCCCCAAGUCACCAGGACCAAGUCGUAAAGUUAUGGCAGCGAGACUAGAGGCAGAGAAGACGUUGACCAAAGCUGGUCGGAGUACUCGACAGUAUAGCCAUUAUCAAACUGGAGUACCGGUACUCCCAUCUUUACCUAUACCACCUGUCACAAUUGACAUUCUACCUCCUCGACCGCCUCCAACUCCACCGCCUUCGGCUACCACGCCCACUCAUAAGGGACAAAAGCGAUUUAGAAUAGGUGCCCAACCCCCAACGCCGCCAAUAUCGCCUUCCAGUAUCCCAGGUUCUCCCAAUUCCCCUCCUAGCACUCCACUCCCUCUAAACCUUCCCCUCUCAACUUUUCAAACCCCACAGAAAGUUCCCGAAGCCCGCGCGGUUCUUUCCGACAUAGCCCAGGCAAUCGACUUCGACUAUCUCUACAUAAUCCGACUAGACCCCACUUCUUCGACUCUUACCUAUUCAGACCUCAUUUCUCCGUCUAGCUUCCAAGUCGUCGUAGUCCGUUCCUACCGACGCAACCCCGGUCCUCCAGGAAGUUUAAACCAAGCAUUGAAUACGGAAUUACACCUAAAGGCAUUAGGCGACAGAUGUGGCCUAACCGCCGUGAAUAGUCGAGAAUCUGGAAAAGUCGAUGAUGAUUCUUACCAAGUUAGUGUUCUGUUACCCAUACAAAGGGACUAUGUGGACGAAAGGGGGAAUAUGGUUCCCGGACCUAUCUGUGGAGAUGGGGUGUGGGAUAGAGAUAGUAGUGAAGCUGGGGUGAGGGUGUGUAGAGGUCAUAUACUAGGGGCUUUUAAGAGGAGGAAUACGGGGAACCAUCAGGAGGCGAUUGAGAGGCUUAGAGCUGUGACUAGUCAGUUGGGGGAGUUGAUGUUUGAGACGAAGGCCUAA